UUUCCCGCAGGCAUCCUAUCCCCUCACGCUGGCGGCCAGCAGGCUGUGAGGCGGUGGGACCAGUGGGGGAGAGAGGGGGUGAGAUUGAGAGUGAGAGUGACAAAGGGAGCGAGAGGAGGAGGAGGGAGGAGCGCACCGCUGUCUCCCAGAGACAGCAACUCCUCGCCUGGAGCACAGGCAGCCGGGAGCGUCGGUGUUGUGUGGCAUAUCGGGGGACCAGGUGGGGGGAAAAUAAGUGGAGAACCAGGAGGAAAACAGAAAUAGAGAGGGUUAGAGAUAGAGAGAGUGAGGGAAACAGGGGGACCAGAGACAAGCUGGACAGAUGGAGGACAUGAGCCAGCACCCUGGACACUGCAGGGUGGACAUGAAGGAGUCGAUGGAGCUGGGGGCUAACGCUGAUGGACUGGCUGCUGGAGUGCUGUUCAGUCCCAAGUUCCCCCGUGUGGAGUUCAACAUCGCUUGUCGUGACCUGGUGAUAUCUGGCAGCAACAGGAAGCCCAGCGCGGUGGUCCACGUGGCGGUGGUGGACCCCCGCGAGCAGUCCCUUGUCAGCCAGACCUCGACAGAGACCGUGGAGGCUAACCGAGACCCCCUGUUUCUGACGGGGGUCACCUUCCCUCCGGAGCAGCCGGCCAGCCCAGAGACGCUGGUCAAACUAACCGUCUACGAUGUGAAGGACAAGAGCCGCCAAGCUAGCGUGUUCCUGGGGAGCGCAACCUUUUCUGUGGGUGAUCUGCUGAGGGCCACGGACCAGCGUCUGACCAUAAACCUCAGGUCCUCUGAUGGUGUGUGUGCGGGGGGCUCGGUGGUGGUGAGUCGUCUGAGGGUAGGGGAGAUGGAGGAGGCGGAUAUGGACCACAUCACAACAGACGCCGCGGCGCAGAAGUGUGCCAUGGUGUGUGAGUCCUCGUCCCACGCCUGCGUCAACAGAGAGAGCUGCCUGGCUACAGGACCCGUGUUCAAGAACCCUGUAUGCAAGGUGUACAGGUUCCAGACAGUGGACAGCAAGUGGAUGCUGGUCCGAGAACAAAUGGAGGAAUGCACUCUCUCCUUCAGCCUGCCCAAACAGCUGCUGUCCUUGUACAUUCAGGAAGACACGACAAGGGUACAGGAGCUCAGAGACCUGGGGGAUCUGUCGCCCCACUGGGACACUCUGAGGAGGGAGGUGAUCACACAGUAUGGAGGCCUAGUCAGCUCCUACCAGGACACGCUGGCCCAACUGGAGAAAAUCACCGGUCCUUCCUUCAAGCCGAGCUGCUGCAAAACCCAGAAGUCUCUGGAGUUUAUCCCAAUCAACCUCCACACACAGAGGAUGAUGGUGACCUGCCCCAGAAAAUCAGACGCUGCCUACGACGUGGUCACAGUGGGCGCUCCGGCAGCCCACUACCAGGGAUUCAAGAACGGCGGGCUGCAGAAACUUCUGAGCCGCUACCAAGCCGAGAAGAAGAGCUUCAGCACAGCUUAUCAGUGUAUCUACUACUCUCCGGAGCACACGGCCAAGGCCCAGGAGGUGCUGACCACCAUGGGCCUGCUCCAGCCCCUCAUCUCCAGCCUGGCAGACCAGCUCCUGCAGGCAGCCCAGGAGCACUCUCGCCCUGGGCUGACCCUGGCCCUCAAGAACCUGGCAGACAAGACGGAGCAAUUCGUCCACGCCCUGAACGAUGAGAUGGUCAAGAGUGCCCUGCUGGCACUGCACGCCGCACGGCCAGGCUUCGUGUCUCAGACCCCGGGUAAGGGCCACGCGCAGGCAGGCCAACACCACCACCACCAGCAGCACCAGCACCACCACCCCAGCCAGGACUCUAGCCCCAGCGCCGGCAGCCCGGCCCCGAAGAAGCAGCUCCCAGGCCACAGCCCCUCGGUGGUGAUCGGGCCGGCCAGCGCGGAGAGCCCCGUGGUGUGCAACAACAACGUGACGGAGCUGAGGGGGGUGGAGGAUGGAGAGGGCGGGGGGGGGCCGAAGAAGCAGGACUCCAUACCGCACCACAACGAAUACGACGAGGAGGAGUGGGACAGAGUUUGGGCCAACGUUGCCAAAAGUCUCAACUGUGUGAUCGCCAUGGUAGAUAAACUCCAGGAGCAAGACAACAACAACCGGGAGCCAAUCCCUGACCAGCAGCUCGCUGAUGUCAUCACCUCCCACAAUCCUGGGGACUGGAAGGAGCAAAUGCGCCCUCCGGUGGCCAGGCUGAGGGAGUGCGUGGUGGACGUGGUAGAGCGGGCUAAGAGGGCCAUGACCUUCGUGCUGCUGCAGGAGACAGCCUGCAGUGUGCCCCAAGGCCUGCAUCUCCAGCACAGGAGGGACGUGGUCUUCAGUCAGGCAUUGUCUGCGCUGGCCUGUGGGUUUGUCAUGCGGCUGUCUGCUGGCAUGCAGGACGAGGGCUUCCUGAAGCAGCUCCAUCUGGUGGGGGUGCUGGCCCAGUUUGAGAGCCUGCUGAGCACCUACAGUGAGGAGAUCGGCAUGCUGGAAGACAUGGAGAUCGGGAUCUCGGAUCUGCAC